GGACGCUCGCCUCUUGCGCAGGGUUUGGCGUGGAGCUCGUGCAGGACUGGCUGUGCUCAGCGCCACUUCCGGCUUCCGUCAUUUCAUUCUCCCGCCGAUGCGCGCAGCUCAACUCACUGUGUUCUAUAAGCGAGCGAGCGGCCGACCUGCCAACACUCACUGACACUCACUCAUCUCAGACCGCGCAAGAGAUCGCCGCAUUUUUUUUAAAAAAAACUCUUCUCUUUUCCCUUUUUUUUUUUUUUUUUUAUACAGUAGUAAUAAAACAAGAAAGCGGACCGGAGGCAUAAAGAAGACAGGGACUUGUGGGAUGAAAACGGGGCUAAAAAGAUUCAUCCUCUCUUGAACAUCAUCACCAACCAUCAUUCAUUCAUUACCUUGACAACCUCUGGCUUUGAUUGACAGCUGGAGUGGCAAAAAGCCAUGAGACACGACAGUUUAGUUACAUGCAGGUUGUUGAUGGGCCGGCUGUAACCUUCAGUUUGGUGCUUGACUUUUUUUUCUUUCUUUUCUGGGGGGCAAAGAGGAAAAGAAGAAUAAUUGCAAAACUCUUCCCGAUGCCUGCGCUCUUUCUCAGCCAUACUGGAGAAUAGGAGAAUUCGGCAAGUUGCUUGAAAAAGGGAUCUUUGGAGCGCAUGAGUUUGUGAGCGGACUGGGAAAUUAAAUCUACGACACAGAUCCAGAGGUUUAUUGGAGCGCAGGCUGAUGGCGCAAAGGUACGAUGAGUUGGCUCAUUACGGCGGCAUGGACGGGGUCGGUAUGUACGGGGAUCCUCACGCGCCUCGGCCGCUCCCGCAGGUCCAUCAUCUGAAUCACGGACCGCCGCUCCACGCCAGCCAGCAUUACGGCACACAUGCCCCCCAUCCCAAUGUCAUGCCCACCAGCAUGGGCUCGGCUGUCAACGACGUGUUAAAGAGGGAUAAAGAUCAAAUUUACGGUCACCCUCUGUUUCCUCUACUGGCUCUGGUCUUUGAGAAGUGCGAGCUGGCCACAUGCACUCCCCGCGAGCCCGGGGUGGCGGGAGGAGACGUGUGCUCCUCCGACUCCUUCAACGAGGACAUCGCUGUCUUCGCCAAACAGGUCCGCGCAGAAAAACCUUUAUUUUCUUCAAAUCCAGAAUUGGAUAAUUUGAUGAUACAAGCCAUACAAGUAUUACGGUUUCAUCUUUUGGAGUUAGAAAAGGUGCACGAACUCUGCGACAAUUUCUGCCAUCGGUACAUCAGUUGUUUGAAAGGAAAAAUGCCCAUAGAUUUAGUAAUUGAUGAACGAGAUGGCAGCUCAAAAUCAGACCACGAGGAACUCUCGGGAUCUUCAACUAACUUAGCCGAUCAUAUGGGGAACGUGGAUGGAUGGAUCCGCUCUGGCCGUCUCCAGAAUCCAGCAUCCUGGAGAGAUCACGACGACGCCACGUCCACACACUCGGCCGGCACGCCGGGACCCUCCAGCGGAGGACACGCAUCGCAGAGCGGAGACAACAGCAGCGAACAAGGAGACGGUUUAGACAACAGCGUGGCCUCACCCGGCACAGGCGACGAUGACGAUCCAGACAAGGACAAAAAGCGACAGAAAAAACGGGGCAUCUUCCCCAAGGUCGCCACCAACAUCAUGCGGGCAUGGCUCUUCCAGCAUCUCACACACCCAUAUCCGUCAGAAGAACAGAAAAAGCAGCUCGCUCAAGACACGGGCCUCACCAUCUUACAAGUAAACAACUGGUUCAUUAAUGCCAGAAGAAGAAUAGUGCAGCCCAUGAUUGACCAGUCGAAUCGAGCAGGUUUUCUUCUUGAUCCUUCAGUGAGCCAGGGAGCGGCGUACAGUCCGGAGGGGCAGCCAAUGGGCAGCUUCGUGCUGGACGGACAGCAACACAUGGGCAUCCGGCCAGCAGGUCCUAUGAGUGGCAUGGGCAUGAACAUGGGCAUGGACGGCCAGUGGCACUACAUGUAACGGCUGUACAGUAAAGAAAAGGGGGAAGUCCAUGAGGCGUGCCGGGGGAGUUUGCACCUCAGCGUGGUCCUGUGGGCAUGAGCAUGGCAUCACCGACCGACUGACCGACCGACCCACCCCCCUCCACCAAAAGCCCCUCGUCUCUUGCGUUUGUCACACCGAGCUCCUCUUCACCCUCCGACCCGUGCGGCCAUGCUAAUGCACGGAGACCCCCUCCUCGAGCAGAAAUGACCACGACUCUUCCGACCCUCCCCCUGACCACAGCGCUGCUGGACCGGCCGAUGACCGAAGGGAACCGACCAACACCAUCACGGAUGAACUGGACAAUAAGAUUUUUGAAGGAAAAGAGAAAACGGCGAAUGUCACGUGGAAUUCCAGACGAGCUGUGAUCGUUUUUUUAUCUUGUGAAUUUUGUUACUUUCGUUGCUGGAGGACCAAGAGCUGACGAAAACACUUUGUAAAGUCUUGGGUGUCUGUUCGAAUCAGCAGAGGAUGUUUCAACUUAUUAAAAAUACACACGUGCACACACACGUCAUGAUAAAGAAAAAAAAAAAAAAAAAAAGACAAAAGAGACUCCAAGAGUUCAAACUACUGUAGUAUAAAAGCAUAGAAACUAAAUUAAAUCUUGUACAUUUUUAUCACUCACUUUAUGUUUCAUGAGCUAGUCCUAGAGUAAAUCGUUGCCCUGUUUUUUCACACUAUGUGUGCUGAUCCCCGAAGCAGAGAAGCUCCGAUCGCAGCAAUAACGGGAGAGAAAGCGCCCCGUUACGGACCACAGUAACCGAUGAUUCCUCCUCCACCACCAGACUCAAGAGUUUCUCCCGCCGAUUGAAGCCCGCUCUCUUCACGUGACCCCUCCUCUUUUUUUUUCGUCAUGCAUUUCCCCCCUUUUUGGUCCAUGAAUGAAUGUUGCCCUGUAGGUGAAGUUCUUCGUUUGAAUUGCCCAAGCACUGGAUUGUGUUGCUUUUAUACGUUUUUAUUUUAUUAAUAUUAUUAUUAUUAAUAUUAUUAUUAUUAUUAAUUUUGUAUCUUGGACUCUCAGAGUAAGAGCCUUAUGAAGGACGCGUAUCCUCUAGAAAAACCAACAGCAGUUUCACGCCUGGGGAUCAAUAUAUAUAUAAUCUGCCAUACGGACGAUAGCGAUACGCGGAUUCUCUGAAUUCUUUGGCACAUACAGUAGAGAAGCGAUCGACGGUCGACGCGGUGAAAAACUUUAAAAGGAUGGAAAAAAAGAAAAGAAAAGAGAACUUAAAUUAUGAACUCAAAGCUCGGAGAGAAGCUGAGAGAAUAUUGUAAGAAACUUCGUACAGAGUUCAGUCUAUUAAUUGUUUCAUGUUAGAUAUUCUAUGUGUUUACCUCAAUUGAAGACGAAUGUUUUUGCUAGUUUCAGAUCUGCUGUGGCAUUGAUAUUGUAUGUCCAUGAUUUCCCCUUCCUUUCUCAGCACGUGCUCCUCACUAGAAGAUGAAAUACUGUCUCCCUUGAGCUUUGUCAGAAAUACAUUCAAUACUUGUAUGAGGACUGUGGCGUAAUGUUUCAAAGGUGUUCAGUCACAAAUGCUGUAAUAAAUAUUUCAUUUUUGAUUUUGGUA